AUGUCUGGAGAUGACGAUAAUCUUCAUUUCAAUUUGGAAUCUUCACCUACCAAAUCAUUGGUUUCCAUUCCAGAUACCGAUGAUAAAUUAAAUAUUUCAUUCUUUUACGCAGUUGAUGAUUCUACCGAGCUUAAGAGUAAAUUUGCCUUGAGUCAAUAUGAAAUAUUUUCACACAGUCACGCAUAUUCCAAAAAGAACUUCUCAGGCUACUCCCAUGACUUCUUCGCAAACUGCGGGUCUCAAAUCAGUUGCAUCGACUUCAUCCAAAAUGACCUGUAUCCCAGCCUGGGAGACUCCAUUUUAAUACUGGUUGGCACGAGCUCCAUCAACCAAUACCUGGAAAGUGUCGGAGAGUAUCACACCUAUGUUCAUUUGUACGUGCUAAAUUUCUGUGCCAGUGAUCCGAAACCAGAUCAGCCCAUUGUUGAUUUAAGUUUUCUGUGUCUGACCCCAAUCAAGAACGACGACUGCGUUAGACUGAAGUGGGUCAAGAUUAACUAUGUAACGGGAUACCUCUUCGCCGUAAUAUUGCUGAAAGGCGGAUGUGUAAAACUGUGUAGAUUCAAUGUUGCGAGUCUGAGCAAGUUGCUCAAAUCCGACGAACCAGCGAGUAAAAGAGUCUUGGAGCCCGAUUACUUGUGGCAAUUUGACCGUGGCGCGUCCGGGCCCAGGCGCUUCACCUGCUUCGACAUUUCCUAUAACGUCAAUGACGCACUGAUAACACUGGCCUGCGGAAGCAACGACGGAUUCGUUGAUCUCUGGAAUUUCAACCUCAGCCUGUUUCAGAGUUUCUCGUCUGAGUCCGCCGACAGUGAAUACAUUCCAUCACAUAAAAAGAUCCAGAUUCUCUACGGAAUGACCAGCAACCUUUUAACGAGGGAGAUCACUGAAAUAUCGUUCCUUCCCCUUCCAAACUCGUAUGUGCUCGCAGUGGGAACCUUUUUGAAGGGCCUGAUCUUGUGGGACACCCGCUUCUCCCAGUUAGAGGGUGAGAUACGGACCUACAACAUCGGCAAGCCUAUAACCUGCGUCACCUGGACGCCUAACAGCCAGUACGUGCUGGUCGGAGCCUCCACAGGCAUGCUGCUGGAGUGGCAGACUAGGCAUAACACAAUUAUAGUGUCCUACGAGAAACUGACCAAGAGCAAGUCAUCGAAUCUCCUCGACAACAUUUGCUGGAGUGCGCACGCCUCCGAAGAUGCUGUGUACUUCGCGUUCGACAGCGGCGAGACCAUUGAAAUAAAGACUAGUAACGUGCUCAGGAAGAGCAUAAAGGAAGACGCUAUGAUCUUUAAGUGGAAACUGGACGUUGAAGGUACCAAGCCACCGGACGAAUUCCCGCCUUACAAGACUUCACCAUCUCACAUAGAAUCGAUAAACAACGCCAUCACAGCGAAGUUCCUACAAGACUGGUCGAACGCGAAGAAGUACGGAGUCACCGUCACCAAGUGCUUCGAGGGAGUUACUGUGGAUGAGCCUCAGACGCAUGUGCGCAAUAAGGUUUUCGCGCUCACGACGUUAGUCAGGAGUCUGCUAAUGUGA